AUGACGCAGCUGUCGCCCACAGCGCGGACCAACAACCCACCCGGCUACGUGGUGUCCAUCCUCGGGGUCGACUGUUUCCAGCUUGCCACCAGUUUGUUCCUGGUUCCCAUUCCGCUCUUCGGUCUCUUCUGCUACCCCGUCGUCCUGGUGAUGCUCGUGGCACGGGUCGGGCUCGGCCCUGUCCUUUUCUGCCUCGCCUGGAUCUUCGGUGCUGUCCUACUGCCCCUUCCAGUGUCCGGGGUUCAAAGCUUUCUCUGGAAACGUGCGCUGAAGGCCCGGGACGAGCGGCUGAAGCAGAUGUGCGACCUCCUCUCCUCUGUGCGCUUGGUGAAAAUGUACGCCUGGGAGGACGCCCACAUGGCCAAGAUUCAGCUGUCCAGGGACGCCGAGACAGCGCAUCUGUUCCAGAUCAACCUCCUUGACGGCAUCAUCGACUCGCUCUACGGCGCCUCCAGCUCGGUGAUGACCAUCCUGCUCUUCGGUGCUAUGACGUUUCUUGAACCAACGCUGGCACUUACGCCAUCGUUGUCUUUCUCUUGUAUCUAUUUGCUGUCACUGAGCGACAUGGUCACCAACGGAGCUUCGUCGCUGUUGCGCUUAAGGAGUCAGGUAUCGCUCGGUCUGAGGCGAAUUGUGAAAUUCUGUUCUGAGGGCAGCAACAAGGAAAACCGGUCCAAACGGCGAGGCGGGAUGCGCAACAGGAAAGGUUCCGUGCACCUGGAGAAGUGCUCCUUCACUUGGACACAGAAUGGAAAUCAGAAACUCAGCUCUGGACUCAAGAUUACAUCCUUGGACAUUGAGCCGGGGACCCUCGUUGGUGUUGUAGGGUUUGUAGGGAGCGGAAAGUCUUCGCUCCUUGCCGCCAUUAUGGGCGACAUGCAUCGCAUCGAAGGAUCAAUUCAAGUAACGGGACGCAUCGGCUACGUGCCCCAAAUAGCGACCGUGUAUAACAUGAGCGUUCGGGAUAACAUCUUAUUCGGCCAGCCACUGGAUCUUAAACGCUACGAGCGCGUCCUGCACCUCUGCCAGCUCGUGAACGACUUGAAUCGCUUUCCAGCGGGAGACCUCACCGAAGUGGGAGAAAAGGGAGAGACACUCAGCGGUGGCCAGAAACAGCGCAUCGCACUUGCCCGAGCAGCAUACAACCGCUGCGACAUCUACCUGCUCGACGACCCCCUGAGCGCCCUGGACCCCAUGGUCGCAGCGCAGGUCUACCAGCACGUGCUCAGCGACAAGGGAAUCCUACGGAACAAGACCCGUAUCCUCGUCAGCAACCAGGGUUGCUUCCUGCACGAGAUGAACCAGAUGCUCCUCGUGCACGGCCAGGGGGUGACCAGCUACACCAACAUGGCGGACCUGCUCAAGGAUCCUCGAGCUCCAGAGUCCCUCUCUCGGGGACUUCCGUCGCCAACAACGCCGUCGUUCACCAACAGACAUGUCACUGUCAUAAGUGUUAUAUACAGCACUGUUUACUGCAUUUUGACAUGUGUCACCACUAGUCUCACGUCCGAUAUAAACUACCAAUUGUCAAUGAGCACUUGUUUGAAUGCUCUUUGUUUGGACUCGCAGAGCGCGAUGGAUCUCCUGAGGUCCCUCGCAUGUCUGUCGGGCCCUUGCGUGCCUGUGGCCAUGCUCGCCUUUGUGGCCAGCGGGAUUGCCCUGGCUUGGCAACUGAUCUGGAUGAAGCGGUGGACGGAUACCGAAUAUUCGGCGAGGGAGGACUCCGCUCCUUGGAUCAAGGGCCUCGUUGCCCUCGCUCUCCUUGAUGUGUUAUUCCGAUGCAUGGGCAGCGCCCUUCUAGCGGCCAGCAAUAGGCAGCUGUCCCGGUCUCUGCACGACAACAUGCUGAGCCACGUCCUGUUCAGCCCGGUGUCCUUCUUCGACGUGACCCCUCGUGGUCGGAUCAUGAACCGCUUCUCGGUGGACCUGGACGCCAUCGACAACCGGAUGUACCUGAGCACCAAGCAGUGCAUACAGAACAGCCUGCACACCGUCGCCAGGUUCGCCGUGGUCGGAACACAGGCCCCCGCAGUCGUGCUGGUGGGCGUCCUGGUCACCGUCGCCCUUCUCUUCGCCAUGAAGGUGGCAGUCCGAGCCUCGCACGCGGCCCGGAUGGCAGAGAGCGUGCGGACCUCUCGACUCCUGCAGCACGUGACCGAGACCCUCGAGUCCCUGAGCAGCAUCCGUGCGUACGGCAUGGUAGAGCGCUUUUGCGGCCACUUCUUCCGCCUGGCCGACGCCAGCAUGCGAGCGUUCUCGGCGUUCGCCCUCUGCUACCGCUUCAUCCGUCUUUCGUCGGCCCUGGCGGGACUCGCUGUCGUCACGGCAGCGCUGUUCUUCGCCGUACUUCUGCCCGCCUGCGCGGGAAAGACGGUAGAGGCCAGCAGCAUUGGACUAGCCCUCAGCACAGCUCUGUCGAUCCCAAUCGUUCUGCUGUCCUUGUGCAUGAUGGCCUUUGGUUGUCUUCAGUCUGUCGUGUGCUUCGAGCGGGCCCUGGAAUUUUCGGAGCUCCCUCAGGAGGUGAGCAGACCACGCAAAGGCCACGACCGCCGAUGCUCGUCCGACUCGUCGGGUGGGCAACCUCUCGACGCCGGGUGGCCCACCGAAGGUGUCGUCAAGUUCGAGGACUACUCCGCUUCUUAUCGGCCAGGGGUGCUUCCCGACGCCCUAAUUGAAGUCACGUUCACUGUCGGACCCCGAGAGAAGCUGGGCGUGAUUGGCCGGACUGGAUCCGGGAAGUCGUCCCUGGUGCGCGCACUGCUGCGAGUGCUGAAGAGUUCGCGGGGACGUAUCUGCAUCGACGGCAACGACAUCGCCUGCGUUCCAUUGCGCAAGCUCCGCACUGCCAUCACCGUCAUCCCGCAGGACCCGAAUCUGGUACGAGGCAGCCUCCGCGGUAACCUCGACCCCAGGAGCCAGCACUCAGACAGCGAGCUCUGGCAGGCCUUGGAUCAGGCGCAUCUAAAAGAAUUCGUAGAAAGAGACGCCAAUGGACUUCUCCUCGAAGCCGGCGACGGGGGAACCAACCUCAGCGUGGGUCAGCGGCAGCUGGUGUGUCUAGCCCGGGCCCUGCUUCGUCGGCCCCGGGUCCUGAUCCUGGACGAGGCCACGUCGCAGAUGGAUGGUGACACGGACCACCUGAUCCAGCUGACGCUGCGGAAGCACUUCGCUCACUGCACGCUCAUCACCAUCGCGCACCGCAUCAACACUGUCCUCGACUAUGACAAGAUCCUAGUCAUGAGCGAAGGACGUGUCCUCGAAUUCGGCCCGGUGGAGCAGCUACUACGGAACCCAAACUCCGUAUUCAGGAGGAUGGCCCAGGACGCCAUGACGUCAACUCCUUUCUGAGAGCGUAUUCGCAAUAGACCUGUUGCUAAAUUACCAGCAGGCGUCAACGACAAUGCUGGUAAUGUAGGUCUGCGUGCCACACGGGCUCGCCUUCCCCGUAUAAAAGAUUCGAAGUAAAUAACCCUAAGGCGUUGACGAACGCGCUUGCAAGGUGCCAUUUGUUUUAGGCUUCCGCUUUAAAACAGAUACUGCUGUUUGCGGCACGUUGACCUACAUUCUCAGCAUUUCCGUUGAUGCUUGGGUAAUUUAGCAAU